AAACUCUCUCCUUUAAAAAGACGAGGCGUGGAGCGCAGCGUUUCAGUAAAGUGGUGAUCGCGGAGCCGGCUCAAUCGGGCUGCUGACAUUCACACGAUGGUGCUCAAGAUUGCCUCACUCGUGCUUCUCUGUGGUUGCCUUGUGGCUGCCAAGGAAUCGGACAGCCAACAGAAAAGACAAACGUAUCUUGGUUCACCUCAGGCGAAUCGUUACCUGUCUGGCGACGCUUAUCAGUUGCACCAAAGUCGUCUAACCGCUUCUUUGGCGCAAAGUGAAGAGCAAGACAGUGCUGUCCAGGCUCAACUCGAUGAAGAGCUGAGGCGUGAUGCCAUCAGCAAUGCAAAGAGCGCGGCCGAGUCUUUCAAGCAGUCCUAUCGCAAUAGAGUCCAGAAUCAGCAAUAUCCAUACGCCACUCAGGAGCCCGCCCAGCAGGUUCAGCAGGUGCAGCAGCAUCGUCAUUAUCAGCAGCAGCAGCAGCAACAGCAGCAACAACAGCAGCAACAGCAACAGCAGCAACAGCAACAGCAGCAACAGCAACAGCAGCAGCAACAACAGCAGCAGCAACAGUACGUGGCCUACGCCCCCACUCCGGCUGCGCCUCAGGAGCAGAAUUAUCAGCCCUCUCUUCAAGCCGUGUACCAAAACUCGCCGGCCGUCCAGAGACUGCCAGCCAACACGCAGAGCUACCAAGCGCACGCUCAGCUAGCCGAGGAGGCUGCCAAAGCCUUCCAGGAGGCCCUGCAGCAGAGAAGCAGUCGCCAGAAGAGGCCGCGCCUUCAAAACUCGCAGUACAUCCUGGAGCAGCAGCACUCGUUCACUGUUCCCGAGCAGACUUCCGAGCAGUACAAUCUGGCUGCCGUCCAGCAGGCUUACCAACAGAUCGAGGAGCAACAGCGCCAGGCCGCCGAGAAUAUCCGCUCUCACGAUCAGGAGGCCAGACCUGUUGCCCCCACCGUCCCAACCGUCCAACAGGUCCAGCAGACCCAGCAAUACGAGGAGCCUUCACUGGGCUACAACAUUGGAGACGGACCGGCAAAUUACGAGCCCGCCCGUCAACGCGGCCAGAAGAAGUUCCAACAGCAGCAGCCCGCACAGCAGGAGCUGACCGUGGAGAUCAAGCCCCGCCGCCCCUCGUCAGUUAGGAGCCGGCCUGUCACCACUCAGACCUACCAGGCCGAAAACCCGACCGUGUACCCGACUGAACCCGCCACGGUCGCUCCCGCCCAGUACGAAUCGCCCAACCAGGUGCCGUACGAAAUCCUUCAGCAGUACCAGCCGCAGACCACGCAGGAGCCUGCUGCCUUCCCCACUUACCAGCCCGUCCAAGUUGUUCCUAGCGCGCCGGUGGCUCCUGUUCGGCAGCCCGUCCGCACCCCCGCCGCCCCCACCAAGUCUGCAUUCCUACCAACUCCCACACCCCCGGUCACCAGGGUCGCCGCUCCCGCUCGCGUGCCUGCACCUGCUCGCGCUCCUCAGCCUGUCGCUGCCGCCCCCACGAGAGUCGCUACCGCCCCCACGAGAGUCGCCGCCCCCGUUCAGGCGGCUCCGGCCCCGGUCCAGAUUCCUCAAGCCUACGCCGCCCAAGCACAGGCUGCCCCCGUCCGAAUUCCCGCAGCCCCUGUGCAGGUCCCCGCCGCUCCGGUCCAAUACCCUGCGAGUCCUGCUGGCCUUCCCACAUCAGAGACUGUCGACGGAAAACUCGUCAAUUUGGACUUGAACCUUUUGCGGUCUCUGUACCAGGCCGCCGAGGCCCUCGCCAGGAAGCAGAAGGACGAUGUUGGCCCAAUUUCGGAAGACGAACUCAUCAAAGCUCUCAUUGAGCAGGGCAAGCGAGAGCAGCAGCAGGCUGCUGAGCAGCUGAAGAAGGCGCAAGCCGAACCUGAACGUCCCAAGGUGGAGGUGGUCCGCAUCCCAAAGACGAAACAAAUCACGCAGGAGGAACUGCAGGCUCUUAUUGCCGCUGGAUACGACAUUUCUCCCAUUGAUGAGGAGCCGACCGCCAAAAAUGCUGAUCCUAUUAAGCAGCAGUACCUGAGGCAGGCUGAAUUCCUCGAAAGACAAGCUCAUUACAGGUCGCAGAAACCAAACUCUAGGAGAGCACGUGAUGAUAGAGCUGUGCAAGAUGAAGUUGCAGAAGAGUGAAGAUGCCAAAACAGUCGACUUCUGCAAGCACUUUGACUAAAUUGAGUUGCAGAGAGGAACCAAAUUGAAUAUUUAUGCAUGUAUUUUAUAAUGUAAAAUAUUAAAAAAGAGUUGCAUUUUGAGAUUAAGUGAUGAUGACGUGUAAAUGACGAAAUCAAAAACAUUUUUUGCCAUACAUCAUUAUGUGACAGAGCUUGUGCAACCAUGGAGUCUCCGAAUGUAAAGACAAAUAAGAGAAGACGCGUUUGUUAGUUGUUGUAAGAUAGAAUAGAUAAAUGAGCAAAACUUUUAUAAA